AUGGUACGUGCGCCCGGGGUAUGGGGUGAUGGGCUGCAUUGGCGCCACCGCGCGGUGCCAAAUGUCGAGAACGCGGCGAGUCGAGGGUGCGAGUUGACGCAAGAACGAUACGGACGACGGAUGCGCGAUCGCAAGAGCAACGCUUACAUGGUCGAAUUAUUUGAAACAGCGUCAUCGUCUUCCUCGACGUCGCUAAAUCGGUUCGAUCUGUUUCAUGCGCACGCGUUUGCUUGGCGGGCGACGAACGAGUCGUCUGUGGUUCGACUCGGAAUCUUGUUUCACGCGAAAGAGUAUCCGGCGAAGGACGAUGAAAACUUCCCCAUUGAUCUAGGAAAAUGCCAAUGCGACUCCACAUUGUGUUUGGACGAAAAAGGCAUGAGCCAACGCAACGUGCUUUGGUUAUCUCUGGACUCCUGCGCGUUGUUGGCUUGGUUGGACACUUCGAGCGAGUCCUUGCGAGAACUUCUUACUGUCCCAGAGCUUCACACGACGUUUGAAGGUGAUUUUGGCGCGAUACAAGGAGACGUGUAUUACUUUCACUCGCUGAAGAAUCGUAAACCGAGCGAAAGACUCUUCAUCAUUCCGCGUUAA